AUGCCCGAUUUUUGCGCCGCCCGCGGCUGUCACAAUGAACGUAGCGCCCAAACGAAAACCAAUGGGAUCACCUUUCACAAGUUUCCAAAAAACAAAGAUCGCAGGAUCCAGUGGGAACGUGCUGUAAGAAGGCAUGGUUUCGUUGCCUCCGACAGGUCACUGCUAUGCAGUGAGCACUUUAAACAGGAAGAUUUUGACAAGACUGGGCAGACUGUCAGGCUUAGAGCUAAUGUUGUGCCAAAAAUCUUUUGCUUCUCUGCUCCUGUUGAGUCUAGUCUAAACAAAAAAAAGCAACAAGCAGCCAUUGCAGAAGUACAAAGGAGUCGGAGGAGGAAGAUCACUGACCACCAGUAUGCACUGCCUUUUAGCCCCAAGGACCUAAAGCUCAAAUUCGAGUUAGCCCUCAAAACAGUGCAGAAACUGCGGCGGGAGAAGGUCAACGCCUUGAUGAGGGAAAGAAGGGCCAAGAAAUAUAUGCAGGCCGCCUUGGAGGAGUUGAAACAAAAAAAUGAAAUCAUUGAAGAUCUACAGGACAAGCUUGAAUGCUACUCGGAUAUUCCGGUUGAACUCCUGGCGAGGCAAGGUGUAGAGUACACCAAGGACCAGAAAGAUUUUGCCUUCAAGCUCUAUCUGCAUGGUCCAAAGGCAUAUAAUUACCUGAGAGAGAGACUGAAGAUUCACCUCCCACAUCCCAGUUCAAUUCAGAGGUGGCUGAGCACCGCUGAAUCCAAGCAAGGUCUCAACCACAUGGUGCGGGACAUGCUAGAAAGACUGCGCCAGGAAGAUGAUGGCAAGUCUGCUUGCGUCACGCAGAUACAAGACGAUGCCAUCACGCAGAUACAAGACGAUGCCAUGGCCGGAGAUGAUGAAGUUCAGGAUGACACAGAGACACAGACUGGGCUCCAAGGUUAUUGGGAAUAA